AUGGGAUGUCGAUUUUGUUGCAACGAUAGUGAUCAGCCAGAAUUUAUUGAUCGUAAUGGUGAUGUGGAAAAUAUGUCACUCUCAACAACAGCGGGCACACCACAGAGUGAAGAAACCACUCGGUAUGUGUAUUUUUCGGAUGGUCGUCGACAAGUCGACUAUGUGCUAGCUUAUGAAGCAGAUAGCAGUUUGAUUUCAAAUCAGGAAGAGGAAUCUGCGAGCGAAGAUGACGACCUUAUUGCACAUUAUGCACUAUCGAGCAAUGAAUCAAAAAAAUCGAAAAGACGGCGAAUGUAUGAGGAAAAUUUGAAAAUAAAAGGCUUAGAAUUGGAAUAUGUUAAAGGAGAGUUUUGUAGCAAUAUGAGUUUCGUACUAGUACAUGUACCAUAUGAUUUACUGUCUAAACGAGCUGAGAAACUUGGAAUCGAAAUGCGUGUACGAGCUGAUCGAAGGCCUCAGCGAACAGUGGUUGAUGGUCCAUUGGAUCGAAUUCUUAAACGUUUUCGUAUAUUUGGUUUCUCGAACGAAAUAAACGCUCUGAUAAGUGAACCGAGAAAUCAGUAUCAUCCCUUUACUUCUGAUGAUGUGGAAUGUUUUUGUGGUUCAGAGGAUGCUGAGAAUUUUUUUUCGAGUGCUGAUCGAAUUCUUAUCGCUAAUGAUAUACUGAGCAGGACAAAGUUUGGACGUGGCGACCGGAUAGGCAUUCAAAAUAUGUUGAAAAGUGAAAUUUAUUCGGCUGCAUAUCCCCUACAUGAAUAUCUCGAUUAUAAAAAUCUGCGAAGUAAGCCGUGCAGAAAGGAACCAAUACGAAAUGCUAGUGAAAUGCGUGACUUCAGUACACGACAGUUCUUGUAUUGGCUAUGGGCAAAGCUGCGUUAUUUUUACAAAUUUCAACCACUCUUCUUAAUUAAGGAAUACUUUGGCUCUAAGAUUACCAUUUAUUUUGUUUUGGUCGGCUAUUACACAAAAUAUCUGGUACCAUGUGCACUCAUUGGACUACUUUGUUUCUUCUACGGUCUUCUAACGAUAUCGAACGAUGUUCCAAGUAAUCAAAUAUGCGAACGCAGCGGUCUAGCCAACGAUAUCGUGAUGUGCCCAAGUUGCGAUAAGUGGUGUGAUUAUAAACGUUUGAAUUCAAGUUGUUUUUAUUCGAAGCUAUCUUAUAUAUUCGAUAACAUUUCAACCGUAUUAUUUGCUAUAUUGAUGAGUGUUGGGGCGACAUUAUUCGUGGAAGGUUGGAAGCGUUAUAAUGCUGAUGUUGCGUGGAGAUUGGGUCUACUCGAUACUGGUUCACAUGAGAUCAGAAUACGUCUUGCCUAUCUGUUGCAAUCGCUUCGUUCAAGCGACGUACGUGAUCCUCGCACACUUCGUCGUGAACCAGUGGAGAUUCCACUCCGUAAACGUUUACCUACAAUAUUAGCAUCUGGAGUUACCGUUAUUUUUUUUCUAUGCUUAAUUCUGAGUGCAGUGAUUGGAACGAUAGUGUAUCGAAUAGUGCUGAUGCAAAUGCUUUAUCGUGUUGAUAUGAUGCGUCCGUUUGCAGCCGUUUUUACCUCAGUUACAACGGCGAUCUUAAAUUUGAUAGUGAUACUGAUUAUGAGUUAUUUUUAUAGUUUUUUGGCCUUAAAGUUGACCGACUGGGAAUAUCCACGAACGCAAUCGGAAUUCGAAAAGAGCUAUACGGUGAAAGUGUUUUUGUUCCAGUUCAUCAAUUACUAUUCAUCGAUAUUUUAUGUGGCUUUCUUCAAGAGGAAUUUCUCUGGAUUACCUGGAAGACGCGUACUGGGUAUAAGACCUGAGGAUUGUGAUCCGGCGGGUUGUAUGGUCGAACUGGUCAUUCUGCUUGCAACGAUUAUGUUUGGUAAAACUGCUUACAACGCGUUUAUGGAGUUUUUCAAUCCAGUGAUUCUAACAUUGUUCCGUGGCUUCACGCUGAAGAUUCCCGAAACGCGUAGUCGUCGAUUCGAGCGUUUACGUCGUAAAAGAAGGAAUGAGAUGAAUUCAGCAGCCUUUCGAGCACCACGUUGGGAGUUGGACUUUGCACUCACACCAACCUAUGAGCAGUUUCUUUUCGACGAAUAUCUCGAUAUUGUGGUUCAGUUCGGUUUUGUGACGUUGUUUGUGACGGCAUUUCCGUUAGCACCAUUAUUUGCGUUGAUAAAUAAUGUGCUAGAAGCACGCUUGGAUGCGUACAAGUUUGUUGUAGCAACACGUCGGCCCAUCCCCGAACGAGCCAAAGAUCCCGGAAUAUGGCUGUCGAUCAUUGAUACACUUAGCAAAGCGGCCGUCUUAACGAAUGCAUUUGUGAUUGCGUUUACGAGUGAUUUUAUUCCACGAAUGGUUUAUCUGUACACAAAUCCGAAUUUGGAUGGUUACGUGAAUAGUACGUUAUCAAUUUUUGAGUCAAGCUCUUUACAUGCACCUGAUUGGUCACAGUGGCAUAAUGUCACAACUUGUUGGUUUCGUGGUUACCGAAAGCCUCCUUGUACACUCCGUCCAACGGCCGACUGCGAUGAUAAAUAUGGUGUUACACAUAUGUGGUGGAUCGUUUUAUCGUUCCGACUUGGUUUUGUUGUCGUUUUUGCGCAUGUAGUCCUGGCAGUAAAGGCUCUAAUCGCAUAUUUGAUACCUGAUAUGCCAACACGAGUAUUCAUUCAAUUGCAUCGCCAACGGUCUGGUUCAUUGGGUGGUUUAUCUGAGGGAACAGAACGCACAGUUUGA